CAGAUGGUGUGAGGUAUCAUGAGGAUGUGCAGAGGAAGCCUGGGUCUGAUGGAGAGAGGAGAGGGAGGUGCUGGGAAAAAGGUGGGGACUGAGAGGAGAGAGGAUGAGAGAGGGAGAGGAGGUCCUCAGCAGUUGAGUUGACGGCUGUGAAGUCACCUCAACCUUCAGUUGGAGAGCUGCUUCAUCAUUUCUGGACAACUUUCCUGACACUAACAAACACACAGCGUUCCUGCCUCACUGACAGACGCCUGCAGACAUGAAGAUGCUGUUGUGUUGCUCAAAGCAGACAGAGGAGGCAGUUUAGGAUGAUACACCUUCAGUCGUAACUUUCCUCAGAUUCACAGCAGCUGCGGCCAAACGAAAACCUGACCAACAGUCCAGCAGCAGAGAGACAAGGGCCAGUGCCAUGGACUGGGAGUUUCAACACUCUGGUGACGAUCUUUACACUUAAAGUGACACAAAAACAUUGGUGCAAAAGAAAUACACGUCCCAACGCCCAGUGAAGAUGCCGCCUGUGGAUGUGACCGAUGAGGACGACAUGAGAAAACAAGAGGACAUCUUUUUUAAAAACCAUACAUUUUAAUCUGUAGUUUCGGAGAUGUGGGUUGCUCAUCUUUUUGUGGGUGCAUCUCCACAUGACAGAAGCACAGCCAUGAUUUUAUAAUUGUGUUUAAAACUAUUUAAAAGACAACCCAUCAUGUUUAAACGGUGGCUGCUGGCCAUGACAGCCCGCAUUGGCCUCAUCCUGGCGGGCCUAUGCUGCUGUCUGUCGCUGUUCUACCUCCUGGCGUGUAAACCCGCGUCUCGCCGCAGCCAGCAGUCAUUGCCGUGGUCUGGAGGGACCACCAGCAAGGAGGGAUACUUGGCCUUGUUGCAGGAGAGGGAGGACUCUCACAGACAUUACAUCAACAGCCUGACAAAGCAGAUAGCCCAGCUGAAGGAGGCUCUGCAGGAGCGGACGCAGCAGCUGCAGGAGUCCCUGGAUAACGCCAAAACCAAAGGGGUUCUGCCUCAGGGUCUGGAGAGUCUGCACAAAACCCCGACACAGUCAGACCUGAAGGAGUUCUUCCGCUCCCAGCUGAACCAGGCGGAGGUCAACUCAGGUGCGAAGCUGUCCAGCGAAUACGCAGUGAUUCCUUUCGACACUUUAACUCUGCACAGGGUGUACCAGCUGGAGACGGGGCUGACCAGGCACCCGGAGGAGAGGCCUGUGAGGAGAGACCGCAGGGACGAGCUGAUCGGCACCGUGGAGACGGCGCUGCACGUCCUGAAUGGACCUCAGCAGCACACGGACAACACCAGGCGGAAACGCACGUACUCCCCCUCAGACUUCAUAGAGGGGCUGACCCGUUUAGAGCGGGACAGAGGGACCGUCUAUGAGCUGAUGUUUAAAGGCGACGGGCCGCGGGAGUUCACGAAGCUCGUGCUCUUCAGACCGUUCGGCCCCGUGGUGAAGGUGAAGAGCGAGAGCGUGGACACUCGGAACAUCAUCAUCAACAUCAUCGUGCCUCUGUCCAAGAGGCCGGACGCAUUCAGGCAGUUCAUCGACAACUUCAGAGAAGUUUGCAUCAAGCAGGACGGCCGGGUUCAUCUCACUGUCGUCUACUUCGGUCGGGAUCAGAUAGACCAAGUGAAAGCCGUGCUGGACCAGACCUCCAGAGAGACUCGGUUCAGGAGCUUCACUCUCAUCCAGCUGAAUGAGGAGUUUUCUCGAGGUCGAGGCCUGGACGUGGGCGCCAGGGCCUGGAGGCGGAGUCAGAAUGUCCUGCUCUUCUUCUGUGAUGUUGACAUCCACUUCACAGCGGACUUCUUAACGUCCUGUCGUCUCAAGGCAGAGCCUGGUAAGAAAGUGUAUUAUCCAGUUCUCUUCAGUCAGUACAACCCAUCUAUCAUCUACAGCAAUCACACACUUCUACCCUCUAUUCAACAGCAGCUGGUGAUAAGGAAGGAAACAGGAUUCUGGAGAGACUUUGGGUUUGGCAUGACAUGUCAGUACAGGUCUGAUUUCAUCAACAUAGGCGGUUUUGACCGUAACAUUAAAGGUUGGGGGUUGGAGGACGUGCACCUGUACAGGAAGUACCUUCACAGUAAGCUGAUGGUGAUUCGCUCUCCGUCUCGAGGCCUUUUCCACCUGUGGCACGAGAAGAACUGUGCGGACGAGCUUCCUCCGGACAAAUACAAGAUGUGCAUGCAGACCAAGGCCAUGAGCGAAGCCUCGCACAGCCAGCUGGGGGAGCUCUUCUUCAAAUCAGAGAUAGAGGCUCAUCUGAACUCAAAGAAGCAGCAGAAGUGAGGAGCACAGUGAGGACGACUGAGCCAGAGAUUGUGAUGAUUUACAUGUUAUUGUUCUGGUUUUCAUGAUAAUUUAUGGGAGCGUGUAUUACAUGUAAUCGUGUCAGACAACAGGAGGAGAUCACAGAUUUAUUCUUAUUAUUUAUAUCAGUGUGAACAAAAAAGGUUCAGUGACUUGACAUCAAAAUAAAGUUGGUUUUAUUUUGUUUUAUUUUAUUUGUAUGAAUAAAAGUAUGGAGAAUGGGA